GUAUGUGGGGCUGUCAUGGAAGAAGCAGCUUCACCGGCUCGUCGUCGCGGUGGUCCGGCGGGGGUCUCCGCCGUGCAGACCGACACUAUCGAGGCUCUAACUGAGCUGGAGGAUCUGGAGCGGGUCUACGCGCAGCUGUGUGCCGAAGAGGCGGAAGUGCAGGUGGAGUUGGACGCUCUUGUGGGACAACAGAACAACAUCGAAACAAAGAUGCUCUCCCUGCAGAGGAUGGGACCCAACCUGCAGCUGAUCGAGGGAGACGCUGUGCAGCUCUCUGGCAUGAUCAACUUCACAUGCAGCCUGGCAGAAAAUGUCAGCAGCAAAGUCAGACAGCUGGAUCUCACCAAGAAAAGGCUGUACCAAGCGAUUCAGCGGGCUGAUGAUAUUCUGGACUUGAAAUUCUGCACAGAUGGUGUUCAGACUGCCCUGCGGAAUCAGGACUAUGAACAGGCCGCUGCCCACAUUCAUCGCUACCUUUCUCUUGACCAGUCUGUGAUCGAGCUCAGCAAGCAGGGUGGAGAGGGCAGUGCAGUUGAAGCCAGCCUUGCGUUGCUUCAGGAGGCAGAGCGCAAUCUGAAGACACUGGUUACCACUCGUCUGGAGGAAGCAGUUGCCACAGGCGACUUGCCUCAAGUUGAGCGCUUUUUCAAGAUCCUUCCUUUACUAGGACUCCAUGAGCAGGGACUUGCACGCUUUGCUCAGUACCUUUGCAGUCAGUUGGCCAGUAAGGCAGAGGAGAAUUUAAUCUUGGCCGUUGGCUCUGAUCUCGGUGAACGCAGAGCACCUGUGAUCUUUGCUGACACUCUUACACUGCUGCUCGAAGGCAUUGCACGCAUUGUAGAAACCCAUCAGCCAAUAGUGGAGACAUACUAUGGACCGGGCCGCCUGCACACACUUCUCGCGCACCUUCAGAAAGAGUGUGACAAACAGGCUCAGAAAAUAGUGGACAAAUUCAUCCAACAGAGGGAUUACAACAAUAAGUUUCAGGUUGUCCAGAGCAACAUGAUGAGGGGCAUGACUACGGAUAAGAUCGAACCCAGAGACCUGGAUCCUGUGUUAUGUGAGGUUACCUUAAUGAACUCAAGAGCUGAGUUGUAUUUCCGAUUCUUGAGGCGGCGUAUAGUCGCUGACUUCGAGGUUGCAGAUGCCAUGGCGGAUGAAGCGGUUAUACAAGAGCAUCAGCAGAGUUUAGAACAGUUACUGAAGAAUUGCCAGCUGAGUCGCACUAUGCAGGAGCUGAUUGGCUAUUACAUUCCUAUGGAGGAGUAUUACAUGAGAGAGUCUGUCAACAAGGCCGUUGCGAUGGACACCGCUGAGGUGGGACAGCUGAGCUCAAGCGUGGUGGAUGAUGUUUUCUACAUUGUAAAGAAAUGCAUCAGUCGGGCACUCACCAGCAGCAGCUCUGACUGUGUGUGUGCCAUGAUCAAUCAUGCAACCAGUGUUCUGGAGACAGACUUCAGGGAGGUGCUAGUAUGCAAGUUGCGGGCGGGAUAUCCCGUCAGUGCUCUGCAGGACCUGCAGCGAGGGGUCAGCAGUGCCGUCAGCCUGAUGCAGAGCAGCCUGCAGCAGGGCAAGAUAACGAACCUCACACAAACCCUCGGCAUUGAGAGCCAGGAGCAAGCCAAGAGCGCAUACUUGGUGACCCUCAAUAAUGUGGAGGUCUGCAGUGAGAAUAUCAGCACCCUGAAAAAGAAUCUCGAGAGUGAUUGUGCCAAGCUGUUCAGCCAGGGAGCCAGCUCAGAUCAUGCCAAGGAGAAGAUCGACAGCUGUCUGUCGGAUCUGGUCAACACCUCCAGCAAAUUCAAAGACCUCCUCCAGGAGGGUCUACAGGAGCUUAACAACACUGCUAUCAGGCCACAAGUAAAGCCCUGGAUCAGCAGCUUCCUGUCUGUCUCGCACAAUAUUGAAGAGGAAGAGUUUAGUGAGUAUGAAGCCAAUGAUCCCUUUGUUCAGCAACUCAUUGUCCAGUUGGAGCAGCUUAUGGCUGAGUUUAAGGUCGGACUGUCACCGGUCAUCUAUGAUACUCUGACUAGCCUGAUGACCAGCCUAAUUGCAAUGGAGAUGGAGAAGACUGUGUUCAAAUGCACCUUCAGCAGGCUCGGUGGAUUACAGUUUGAUAAGGAGCUGCGGGCUUUGGUCGCAUACUUGUCUUCCGUCACUUCUUGGACCAUCCGGGAUAAGUUUGCCCGACUCACACAGAUGGCAACUAUACUGAAUCUAGAGAGGGUGUCUGAGAUCCUGGAUUAUUGGGGACCCAACUCUGGACCUUUGACGUGGCGUUUGACCCCGGCUGAGGUUCGCCAGGUCUUGGCUCUAAGGGUAGAUUUCCGCAGUGAGGACAUUAAAAGAUUACGACUCUAACAAAAAAAUAUAUAUAUAUACUUGAGAUUUUUAUCCUUGGUGUUUGGAGUACUUAAAUGGAGGUAUGUUAUCUCAACAUUUGUAUACAAAAUAUUGGCCAUGCUUUUUUAUGUAAUAAAUGUAUAACCAGCCAA